AUGGCAAAUGGCUAUUCAUACAAAGUGGCAGUUGCAUUGUCUCUUUUUCUUGGAUGGUUGGGAGCAGAUCGAUUUUACCUUGGAUACCCUGCCUUGGGUUUGUUAAAAUUUUGCACUGUAGGGUUUUGUGGAAUUGGGAGCCUAAUUGAUUUCAUUCUUAUUUCAAUGCAGAUUGUUGGACCUUCAGAUGGAAGUAGUUACAUUAUAGAUUAUUAUGGAACCAGACUUACAAGACUGAGCAUUACUAAUGAAACAUUUAGAAAAACACAGUUAUAUCCAUAAAUAUUUUUAAAAAGAAACAGAUUUGAGUCUCCUUGAUUUUUAACUGCCAGUAUGUGGAUUUCCAGAUUUUCCUUUUUCCUUCUUCACAUACCACUUUAUGGAUUCUAUAUAAUUUUUUUCAUUGUGGUUAUUUUUGUUAAAAGUAUAUUAUUCUGAGAUUUAUUUAAUAGGACUUUCUUUGAGAGCUGUUUAAUAGGUCUUUCUGAGGCUACUGUCUCUGUGAGAUAGAUAGCUUAUUACUCUGAAAUUCUUUAAUGUCUUUUACAAAGGCAAGUUACCACUUGUCAUUUUUGCUUCUGAAAAAUAAAAAUAUUGCUUAUUCACAUU